GAUUUUCUAUAUUUUUACCACAGACCAAUAACAUAGUAAUAUACUGAAUACCUACAUACUGGUUCAGACUUCAGAGAAGUUGGAGAAGAAUAAUAGCAAAGAGUAAAGUAAAUGUAAAUAAUAGAAUAAUAUAAUAGUAAGUAUGGCUGAUGAGGAACAUCGACAUUUAGCUAACUAUCUAAAAGAUGUCCACCUAACGUUGAGAAAAUCAUCAGCUGUUGACGGAGCGAAUACAGCAUGGCUCAACCAUUGCAGUAAUGAAGAUGUUCUUAGUACUUAUGCACAAUAUAUGGAGAAACUAGCUACAACACACUGGGAAAAGAAUUCGUCAGAUCAGCUAUGUUUAGCCUCGUCUAGGAUAAAAUGGUCUGCUGAUUUUGCUUAUGAAUAUUUUACUAACAAAUCCUUCAUGAGACACAGGGAAAAGAAAUAGACAUGGAACAAAAUAAAUAUAACAAUAAAUUUUGAAAAUGAACUAUUUUCUGAACCUUUCAAGUUGCUUGAUGUUGGUAGUUGCUAUAAUCCAUUUAAAGUGUAUGAUUAUUUGGAUGUGUUAGCUAUAGACUUGUGUCCAGCUAACAACACAGUAUACAAGGGUGAUUUUCUGCAUGUACCAAUAGCAACAGAUACUAUCAUAUUAGAUAGCCAAAUAAAGCAAUUAAAGCAAAACAGUUUUGACAUAGUGACUUUCUGUUUCCUUCUUGAAUAUAUUCCUUCAUCAGAACUUAGAAUAAAGGCAUGCGAAAAUGCAUACAAGCUCUUGAAGGUUGGUGGUCUGUUACUGAUAAGUACUCCCGAUUCUAAACAUGUUGGUGCCAAUAGUAAGCUGAUGAAGUGUUGGAGGUUCACUUUAGCUAUUAUGGGAUUUUCUAGGAUAAAAUAUGAAAAAUUCAAACAUAUGCAUUGUAUGGCUUUUAGGAAGUGUUCAAGCAACCAAGUUGCUGUGAGAUGGGCAACUCUGCAUAAAGAACCCUAUAUGGAUUAUUCUAUACAUAUUCCACAAGACUACAAUACUAAUAAUAAUAAAGAUAAUGAUGUACAGUGUAAAGCUGCAAGUCUCAAAGUGGAAAUAGAGGACUUUAGAGAACUUCCUUUUAAUAAUUUAAGUUAAACCUUUUAUAUUUUUAGGUGUUCAUCUUUUUCAAAAACUUUUUUAAGUUGGGCAAUUUUGGGAUGGGUAGUCUUCAAGGUUGCGUCAUUCAAUCAGCCUGUUUGCGUACACUGCUGGACAUAGGCCCUCCCAGAGAGCCUGCUAAGGGUGUGUCACCGACUGCUAAUGUUAAUAGUGCUUGUUGCCAAUAGAAGUAAAGCUUAGCUAACUGUUAAAGGUUUUUAAUUUAUAAAUUAUAAAAUUUUAAUUUUUAAUACAGUUAAUUUUAAAAUCCACAAAUAUUUUAUAUUUUUUCAAUUUGUAAAAAAAGUGCUGUCAUUUCAUAUUAUGUUUAA